GUUCUUACUAGUUUAAUUGUUGAAGCAUUUCAAUUCCUGGUGGAGGAGCUUAAAGAAGAGCAAACUUUGUUGCUUUGACUAGUUUCAGUUUGUGUGUUGGCAAACAAAAUGACUAUUGAUAUGCCACCAUCCGUGGCCCAAAGUGUGAGGACAAACAGAUCUUCCUUUAGCUCUAGCAACGGCUAUGAGGAUACUCCAGUGCACAGCUCUGCUGCUGUUACCAAUGGUGUUGACUAUGACAGUGAUGGCUCCAAUUUCGCACCACCCACACCAACAAAUCUAUCAAUGGCUAUUCCAGCGGAACUUGCCGGAGCUGUACCCUUGAUUGAUAGAUUCCAGGUGGAAGGGUUUUUAAAAUUGAUGCAAAAACAAAUUCAAUCUGCUGGGAAACGUGGGUUUUUUUCUAAAAGAUCUGUAGGCCCCCAAGUUCGAGAGAAAUUUACAUUUGAGGAUAUGCUUUGUUUCCAAAAGGAUCCAAUACCAACGUCAUUGCUUAAGCUGAAUGGCGAUUUGGCCAGCCGAGCAUCAAAAUUAUUCCAAAUAAUUUUGAAAUAUAUGGGAAUUGAUUCAUCUGAUCGUGUAACUCCAAUAAACUUGGAUGAACGAGUUGAGCUUGUGAGUAAACUAUACAAGCAAAGUUUGAAGCACUCGGAACUCCGAGAUGAACUAUUUGUCCAGAUAUCAAAACAAACGAGAAAUAAUCCUGAGAAGGAAUACUUGAUUAAAGCAUGGGAGCUAAUGUAUUUAUGUGCAUCAUUCAUGCCUCCUAGUAAAGACAUUGGAGGAUAUUUGUCAGAAUAUGUUCAUAAUGUGGCACAUAGCGUGACUACUGAUCCUGAGAUUCGAGCCCGUGCAUUAAACACGUUAAAUGCUUUGAAGCACUCUGUCAAGGCUGGUCCUAGGCAUAUUAUACCUGGGCCUAAGGAGAUUGAAGCUCUGUUGACUGGAAGAAAGCUUACAACUAUAGUUUUUUUCCUCGAUGAAACAUUUGAAGAAAUUACAUAUGACAUGUCAACGACAGUUGCUGAUGCUGUUGAGGAACUUGCAGCUAUCAUUAAACUGUCAACAUACUCUAGCUUUAGCCUGUUUGAAUGCCGUAAAGUUGUUACUGGCUCCAAAUCAUCUGAUUCUGGGAAUGAGGAGUACAUUGGGUUAGAUGAUAAUAAACAUAUUGGGGAUCUCCUGGCGGAAUUUAAGGCAGUGAAAGAUCGAAGUAAGGGAGAAGUUUUGCACUGUAAGCUGAUAUUCAAGAAAAAGUUAUUUCGUGAAUCAGAUGAAGCUGUAACAGAUCCAAUGUUUUUGCAAUUGUCCUAUGUACAAUUACAGCAUGAUUAUAUUUUGGGUAAUUAUCCUAUUGGAAGGGAUGAUGCUUCUAAGCUUUCCGCAUUGCAAAUCUUGGCAGAGAUUGGAUAUGUUAGAAGACCUGAAUCAUGCGCUGACUGGAAUUCAUUUCUGGAGCGAUUUCUGCCUAGACAAAUUGCAAUGACACGUGCGAAGCGGGAAUGGGAGUUGGACAUUAUUUCUUGCUAUCAUUCACUGGAGCAUAUGAUGAAAGAUGACGCAAGACAGCAAUUUCUGCAUAUGUUGAGAACACUUCCUUAUGGGUAUUCUGUUUUCUUCAAUGUUCGCAAGAUUGAUGAUCCUAUUGGACUUCUACCUGGACGAAUAAUAUUGGGAAUUAACAAGAGAGGGAUUCAUUUUUUCCGUCCAGUUCCCAAGGAAUAUAUGCACUCGGCUGAGUUGAGAGACAUAAUGCAAUUUGGAAGCAGCAAUACUGCAGUAUUUUUUAAAAUGCGAGUUGCAGGUGUUCUUCACAUAUUCCAGUUUGAAACUAAGCAGGGAGAAGAAAUUUGUGUAGCUCUUCAGACACACAUAAAUGAUGUAAUGCUGCGGCGCUAUUCCAAAGCACGUUCCCCUGUGGUUGGUUCUUUGAAUGAAGAUAUUUCUAAUAAUUUCAAGCCUCCUAAUUUGGAAUUAUAUGAGAAGCGUGUUCAAGAUUUAUCAAAAGUUGUUGAAGAGUCUCAAAGGAAUGCUGAUCAAUUGCUGGAAGAAUUGCAUGAGAAGCAAAAACAAGAAGAGGAAAUGCUACAAGAAUUGGAGGACUUGAAAGAAUCCUUGAAAGCGGAUAAGCAUCGUCUUGCGGAAGUUACAGAUGACUGUGAUAGGCUUAGAUCAUUAUGCGAUGAAAAAGAUAAGGCACUUCAGGCUAAAAUUCAAGAGAAAAGAAACAUGGAAGCAAAAAUGGCUGAGUUGAGUAAUCUGGUGAUAGAGAACACUAUAAAAAAGGACCCAAUUGGAGUAAAUAACCAGGUGUUACAAAAACUUGAAGAUGAGAUAAAACUUUGUAAAGAUGAGCUGCUUGUAGCUGAAGAGACUGUCAAAAGCUUGACAAAUGAAAAGUUGAUUUUGGAGCAGAAGCUAUCUGUGCUUGAGAAGAAGAAUGCUGAAGAGAUUAGUUCUCUUCAACGGAAACUAGAGCAAGAACGCAAAGCUCUGAACUAUAAAGUGUAUAACCUUGAAAAUGAACUGGAUGCGUUUAGACAACAAUUAGUUGUGGCUGAGUCUAAACUUACAGUCAAGGACUCGGAAUUGGCUGCAUUGAAGAGCAAUAUAAAAGAACUAGAAGAAUUGAGAGAAACGAAAGAGGACAUUGAUAGAAAGAACGAACAAGCAGCUUCGAUAUUGAAGAUGCAAGGGGCUCAACUAGCAGAAAUGGAAAUUCUUUAUAAGGAAGAGCAGGUUCUAAGGAAGCGAUAUUUUAAUACUAUAGAAGAUAUGAAAGGCAAGAUAAGAGUUUACUGUCGGCUAAGACCUCUUAGUGAAAAAGAGAUUGCUGACAAAGAAAGAGAUGCUCUUACUACUGUAGAUGAGUUUACGGUUGAGCAUCCAUGGAAAGAUGAUAAAACAAAACAGCACAUAUAUGAUCGUGUGUUUGAUGGUGAUGCCACUCAAGAAGAUGUAUUUGAGGAUACAAGGUACUUGGUGCAAUCUGCUGUAGAUGGUUAUAAUGUCUGCAUAUUUGCUUAUGGUCAAACUGGCUCUGGAAAGACAUUUACAAUCUAUGGAUCUGAAAACAAUCCUGGCCUUACUCUACGUGCUACUGCUGAACUUUUUAGAAUUUUAAGGAGAGAUAGUAACAAGUUUUCUUUUUCCUUGAAGGCAUACAUGUUGGAAUUAUAUCAAGAUACACUCGUAGAUCUACUGUUACCUAAGAAUGCAAAGCGUUUAAAAUUGGAAAUUAAGAAGGAUUCAAAGGGAAUGGUAAAUGUGGAAAAUGUAACAAUUGUAUCAAUUUCUACUAUGGAGGAACUGAAUAGCAUAAUACAGAGGGGAUCUGAACGACGACAUACAUCAGAGACACAAAUGAAUGAAGAAAGCUCAAGAUCUCAUCUUAUACUAUCAAUUGUAGUUGAAAGUACCAAUCUUCAAAGUCAAUCAGCUGCAAGGGGAAAGCUGAGUUUUGUGGAUCUUGCUGGUUCAGAAAGAGUAAAAAAGUCAGGCUCCGCGGGUAAUCAACUCAAAGAAGCUCAAAGUAUCAACAAAUCAUUAUCAGCACUGGGAGAUGUUAUUAGUGCUUUGUCUUCUGGUGGCCAACACAUACCUUACAGAAAUCACAAGUUAACAAUGUUGAUGAGUGAUUCUCUUGGGGGUAAUGCCAAAACUCUCAUGUUCGUGAAUGUAUCUCCUAUAGAAUCAAGCUUGGAUGAGACGCACAACUCUCUCAUGUAUGCAUCACGAGUGAGAUCAAUUGUGAAUGAUCCAAGCAAAAAUGUUUCUUCAAAAGAGAUAGCUAGACUGAAGAAAUUAGUUGCGUAUUGGAAGGAACAAGCAGGUAAGAGAGGGGAGGCUGAAGAUUUAGAAGAAAUUCAAGAAGACCGACCAACCAAAGACAAGACUGAUGGUCGUCAUUCUAUGUAGUAACUCUAGGCUAAUAGGAUCUCACAAUUGUAAUUUUUUUUAGAGGGGUGCUA